AUGUCCAAACUCCUGAGCAGUGUGCUGUUCAAGAAAUCGGAGAAACAGGAGAAAAGUCAAAAAUUAUUUGAAGUUCUAUCUUAUCCUGAUUCGAAAAAUCUUCCGAAAACAGAAGAACAAUUCAAUCUUGAUGGUAGAAUAACAAUUAGGACCACUUUAACUCCACCCCUGGUAGAUCACGUGAGAUGCCCAUUCAACUCCAUUGAACAAUCUAAGAGUAAAACAAAUAACAGACACCAUAUCAACAUAAUGAAACCGGCUCUCCAAUCUCAGAAUGAGGAACGAAAUGAAAAAACUAUAACUUCUACCAGUAAAACAGCUGUCAAACGUCAAUUUGAAUAUGAAUUUUAUUGGAUGACAAAGGAAGAGAUGGAGAUAGAAAAAAGAAAAAAUGAGACCAUCUGA